CGAAACCAAAUAUUAUUUUAUUUAUUUCUUCAUCAUCAGUGACUUGUUUAAAUAAUCUGCAUGGAUUAGAUGAGUUUUUGUGCUCAGAUCUCUAAUUACUCAGUGGUUCAUGGGAUAUUUCGCAGAUCGUUCUGCUCUGGCGGGUGAUAGUGUCUCUGCCUGUGGAAAGCAGCAGACUCCUCCCACUCCGGAACCUGUCCUGAGGGGGCGGGACCUGAUUCAGUCGGCGUCCAAUCAGAUGACAGCAGCACUUAUUCCACUUUAUUGCGGGCUCCAGUGAAGCCUGUAGUAUAAAGGAACAGAGCGUUUUCCUCCCUGUGUGACACGCGCACGCGGACAGCUGGAGACAAAGGUAGAAGCAGCGUGCACGAGAGGAUGCUCCAGAUGAAAGAGUUGGAUCAGCACCGGAUCAAGCCGCGGUGAACAUCUGAUCUGGUCACAACUGUUGCUGCAGCCGGAUCCGGACCAGCAGCCGGGUCCGGAUCCACGACCUGAGCGUCAGAUCAUGGCACAGAGACGGGUUCUGAGGAGUCCCGAUGUGAACCAGCAGACCGGGUCUUCAUCCCUCUGAGUGACACGUUCCGGUUCGUUUCUGACACACUUUCGGGGGUCCCCUGAAGUCCCGGACUGACGCGAGCCCGACCGGGCUUUGUGUGGACGUGACCUUCAUGAUGAUGAUGAUGAUGGACGCGCAUCAGGUGGAUGUGGAGGACGGGUUCGAGACGCACGGACGCGCUCGCUCGUGCACCUGGCCGCCGUGUCCGGAGGGGUUCCCCGGGGCGCAGGAGGAGGAGGGGGCGGCGGUCCCAGCGUGCCGGACCGGGAGGAAAGGCGGCGCGCCGGCGGAGACCAAGCACCCCGCCGGCGCGCCGGCGGGGUGCUUGGUCUCCGCAGGCGCGCCUCUGGACGUGGCCAGCCAGCUGCGCAAAGCCAAGUCCUCGCGGCGGAACGCGUGGGGGAACCUGUCCUACGCGGACCUGAUAACCCGCGCCAUUGAGAGCGCGCCGGACCAGAGGCUGACCCUGUCCCAGAUCUACGACUGGAUGGUCCGCUUUGUUCCCUACUUCAAGGAUAAAGGUGACAGCAACAGCUCGGCCGGAUGGAAGGUAGGUGACCUGAAACCCACCUCCUCCUGAGACCCUCCUGAUGUGYCUCUGUCCCACUCCACGUGACACGGAGGGCAGAAGGGUUGGAGCCAGUGGCGCCUGCAGAAAAUCUUUCUCACUGGGGGGGCCACUGAAAAACCAGGGGUGGCCCACCAAAACUAAAACCUAUAACAGACAUUUUACAACGUGUUUGUAAAAACGACAAAUUGAAAACUAACGCAAUAUAUAGAACAUAUAUUCAAUUAGUAAUUUCAGAUAAUAUCACUGAUUUUAUGACAUUCAGAGACAAAAAACAAGAGUAAGUAUUUGUAAUA